UCAGUUAAUCAACCAGGCCUUUCGAACCUCGUGCGUGUCCUCGAAGUGGAUUACCAUCCCGCCAAUGGCCGAAAUUCUGACUGGUGGUCGUUGUUAAAAAGUCAGGAAUGGAGCAGUUCAUGAGCUGAUCUUUCAACAUCAACCACUGGAAUGAUGCUAAUGGUGAUCUGACUUUUUAGCAGAGGAUUUCUCUACUCGUUAUUUGUUAAGAAAGCACGAUAAUCUUAGAAUCAAAAUGGGUUUGGAAGGGCUACAGAAGUACAUCGAAUCGAAAUUAGGGCACUGCAUUGAUAAAAAUGUCGACCUGAAAUCAACGAAGAAUGAAAACACAGAGGAAACUAAAACGUCUAAAAAGGAGCCUCAGAUUUUUGUCGUACAUGCCGAUAGUUGUAGAAAAUAUGUUUACCCAGUAGCGACCGACUGGGUUUGUGGUGGACAGUGGAAUGAGAUGCUAAGCAAUUUGGAGAGAUUUGUACGAUGUUUUCGUCAGUCAAGUAUUGAAUUAGUUGUAUUUUUCGAUGGCUCCGUGGGUGCAACCAGGUUUAACGAUUGGAAGCAGCGGCAUACGAACCAGAGAGAAACAGUUAAACAGUUAAUGUCAAAAGUAGUUAGCAAUCGGGCCACGCCAGCUCGUAGUUUAGCGGUUACACCAGCCUGCUUCAACACAGCUUUGAGAUUGGCAUUGAAGAGUUGCAAUGUGAUAGUUUGUUCAUCGGUUGGCGACCUUCAUCACGAUAUUACAAGCUAUUAUCGAUCGCAAAAAUGUACAGGAAUUAUUGCACAGAAUUCACAUUAUCUUCUUCAAAGGAUAUCGAACUGUUUCUCCCCGGAUCAUUUAAAAAUCGGACGAUACACAGCAAAAUCAUCUCGUAUCGACUUUGGGAAAGUCAUGGAAGAACUGGGCCUAAGUUCUGAUACCCUACCAGUAUUCGCAGCACUUUUAGGAAACAACAUUAUUCCAGAAGGCUAUCUAGCGACGUUCCAUUGGAGCUUCUUAGGUCCAGACCACCCAUUAAAAAGUGAAGAGCUAAAAGGCAAUAUAUCAUAUCAAAGUGCACCACCACCUGUUGAAAUAGUUAUCAAGGGGUUGGCAGACUUUUUGAAAGACAAAGAUGUAGAUGACAUUGAUGAACUUGCAAAAGAAGUUUUUAAAGAUUCUGGUUACGAUUUGGGGGAAGCAACUUUAAAGUUAAAAGAAGCAAUAGAUUACUUUAAAUCAACUUUGAAACAGAAAGAUCACAAAACUUCUAAAGACCAUGAUAGUUGUCUCAACAUAGAUGGUUUUCCAGUACACAGCUUUGGACCGCCCUCACAAGAGACCCAAGGGGAAGUCUCAGACUCUAAAAGAAUUGAAAACAGCUACCAAAGAAGAUGGCAGCAAUUUCAAAAAGUUCAGUUGUCAAAUCAGCAACAAGAAUCAGCUAAAGAAACGGAAGAUGGGAAGGAAGGUGUUGAAAGCAAAGAAAAUGGCCAAGAAGAGGAAGAAAAGGCAAAAGACGAGAAAGAAAUAAAUCAAGAAGAAGAACCUUCAAAGGGAAAAGAAAAGAAUGAAGUAGAAGCCACUGAGGAGAAACCUGCUGUCAAUGGAGUAACAGAAGAAGAAAAAGAGGGAAUGGGAGUUGAUAUAUCAUCUGAAGAGGUACCAAGUGAAGACGUGCCAAGGAAAGACAUGCCAAGUGAUGAUGUGCCAGGUGAAGGUGCAUCCAGUGAGGAUGUGCCCAGUGAAGAUGUGCCCAGUGAAGAUGUACCAAAUAAAGAUGUACCAAAUGCAGAUGUACCAAAUGCAGAUGUACCAAAUGAAGAUGUACCAAAUGCAGAUGUACCAAAUGCAGAUGUACCAAAUGCAGAUGUACCAAAUGCAGAUGUACCAAAUGCAGAUGUACCAAAUGCAGAUGUACCAAAUGAAAAUGUGCAAAGUGAAGUUCCUGGUGAAGAAGUUGCUAGUAAAAUGGUUCCUGGUGAAGAAGUUCCUGGUGAAGAAGUUCUUGGUGAAGAAGUUCCUGGUGAAGAAGUUCCUGGUGAAGAUGCUCCCAGUGAAGAAGUUCAAGAAGGCCGUUAUGAUGUUAUGAAGCCAUUUCUACCGGAUAUCACUGAAGAAGUUAUUGCUAUUGCGCGCAAACGACAUCAGGGUGGCGAGAUGGCCGCUGAAAUCUUACAGAUUCUUACAAAAGGAGAAGUUUUUAUCGAUACAGCUAUAGACGAGGAGAACGCAACAAUGCGACUGCCGAUACCUUUACUCUACCGACCUGUAAGACAGCUCAUUUAUGGCAUUCUGUAUGACCAGAAGGUUUAUGAAGAGAAAAAAGGGGAAACACCAGAUGAACGAGAAAUAGAAAACCCGACAUAUCGAUAUGUCAAGGAAUAUUGUGUUUACCGGGGCAACCAACUAGAUAAACCGGAUCUGGUUGAACCGGUCAGUAUGCCUUGGGAUAUACCCCCGGUCAAAAACUUAUGGCUGGGAAGACAGGCACAGGAUAAUACGACCAGGAUGAAAGCGUUUUUAACCUGCCUGAAAAGUGACACGCAAAAUAUGUCGAAUGUUGCAAUGGUGCCUCAACGAAUGCUCCUUUUGUGUUGCGUUCUAAGAUAUUUAAUACAACAAGAAGGUGGCAAGUCCAUUCUCUCGAGACAAGACAUUGAUGCCUUUCUAGCACAGGCAUUGUCUUCGCAUCUCACAACUGAAGGCAACUCAAUGAAUCUGGCACAUCUUAAACUGAACCAAAUCGACGUCAGGGCAAUGCAGCUGGCCUCCGUCUUCAUGAGUGGCGUUGAAGUCGCCAUAGUUGCAAAUGAUGCUUGUGGCUCGCCUGUGCCGUGGGAAUUCUGUUGCCCCUGGCUGUUUUUUGAUGGGAAAUUGUUCCACAGUAAAUGGCUGCAAUCGUCUAUGAAUGUGGCAACAACAGAACUAUGCGAGGGAAAGCCGAAGCUUGCCGAGAAACUCGAACGUCUUCGAUGGUGCAUUACUGAGGGCCUAGGGGACCAGUACAAAAUCACUGGUUUGAAGCCGGUGACGUCAGCCACCCCUUUUGGCACCCCACCUGCAUCAUUGAUGCCUGCUGCCCCAUAUGGGGUAAACGAUUUCCGUCCUGCGGGAGCAAACUAUCAAAGCAAGAGCGCAAAGGGUCGCGGAGCCAGCAGCAAGAGGCCAGUUUUGGCAAGUGGUGGCACUUUGGAGGUUGCUGGCGUCCCGGUUGCUCAUUGGUCAGGAAAUAAGUCCGGACUUGGUUACAAUAGAGACAACCCGGAUAUUGUUGUUGGAGGAAGGAGCAGCGUUGAUCUUCCAAGUGAUUCACGUUCCGGGAGAAGGGGAAUGCUCCGAGGCAAAGCAGUAAAUCGUGGUCGUGGCCUCUUACCUACACCAUUGUUUUCCCCUUGGCCAAUGGAUUAUGACGGAAUGCGAGGUGUCCAACAAUCUUUUGGACGAGGCCCUGGCAACCCCAUGGCUUUAAUGCCUCGUAGUGGUGGCAGACCCCAGGGCAGGUCUCUGUAUCGACCUGGUGGGGGGAAAGGGCGACAGGAGCACGGUUCUGGCGGACAAUCACGCGGCAAGGAUAGAAACACGGCAUCUUACAUGGGAAAGCCCCACCAAGAUAUGUGGGUUGGGAAAGGUCGUGGACAGAAUCUUGGCAUUGAUGAUGGGUUUAUUCCAAAUGAGGAGAGACGCGGCGACUUCUCGCUUCCAAGGAAUUGGAGUCGUCCUUAGACUCCGACAAAAUGAACACCAGCGAAAUGAAAUUUUUAUAUUUAAAACAGUCCUUAAGUUUCCCGGAAUCUAUGUUGAUAAAAUUAUUUACGUAAGAUUCUUAAAGAUUACAUAUAUAUCAAAAUGAAUCUGCUACUUGCUGAGUAGGUGUAGCCUUCCAAGUAGAAGUUGGGGGUAGGGUUCUUAUCACAGUUUGCUUUCCACCCCCCGGAGUUCAAUAUUAAUCUUUUUACUCGGUGAUCAUUAUUUUAUGCGAUGAGAAAUUUACGGCUUCAAAUUUACAUUUCGUGUUUUUACAAAAUCUAUUGUUAUUUUUGAUACUUUUAAGUCCUGGUUUUAAGAGACGGAAUAAAAUGCCAACAUGCUUAUCAAAGCCACGACGCAGGGUUUUUGGCUAGAAAUGCUUCGUGUAACAGAGCUGUGCUUCUCGCGAAUUACUGAAAUAUGGAGGCUCGAGCUUCGUUCGCGAUAAAAUCCUAUAACUUGGUGACAUGAAAUAAUUGAUUUCGUUGAGUUCUUAUUAUUAGAUAACUCAUAUUUGGUAGUAAAUUGAUUUACCAUUUUAUUGCGUUAAAGUCUGGAAUUAUUUUGAGAAAUGUAUCUCGAUGUAUGACUGGGGGAGAACUGCAACAAUGACGGCAGGAUUCGAAUAAUCCAUGUUAUGAUUAUUAUUAUUGUCAAUGAAUAUCGCCACGUAAUGAGAGGGCCGUUUCUUGAUUCGUCAGGCGACACUGGUUGUCACCAUUUCGCCACAAUGUUAGUAUCCUUGGUUGAACAUUUUUCAAACCCAGUUUUGACCCAUUCAAUUAGUUCAUGUAUGCGAAUUUCUCUGAUUAACUGCCCUCAUCUUAGCCCAAAAUAACGCUGUUUUCGUAAAAAUAACGCUGUUUUCGUGCAAAAAAUUCCCACGUGAAUGUUUCUCACGUGUUUCUACUCUGGUGCAAAACUGUGCAAUGUAUGUGAGAGAAGAGUGAUAAAAAUUGUUUGAUAUUUACUCUUUCCUAAAUUUUUUCUGGAUUAUCGUAACCCCAAGUUAGCCCUAAUCUCCCAAAAGCAUGACGGAUACGAAACAUUUAUGUUUUAGAAAUUCAAUUUUAAACGCUAGUCAUCUGAGCGAGAUGCGUUUUGAAGAGGGAUGUGUUUUUAUAUUCUUAUACUCCUCAAAUUAUGACUUGUAUCUUAGAGACAAAUAAAAUCAGCACAUGCCACAAGUUCUUUCUAUCGAUUCCCGUUCGUGAACCACGGAUCUGUCUUAUUAUCUUUCGCCAUUUAUCAGUGAAUUACCGGUUAAUUUUUCGGUUUAUUGAUUAUUGUUUUCAAAGUAUCUUAUUCGAAAUGUCUUCUACCAAAUACGUGUUCUUGAAUGAAAUUAGAGGGCUGUUGACCA